GAAAAGGAAAGAAGAAUAGUACUUCCUUCUCUCUUGCUGAAUCUCGAUUACUUUUAAUCAUCCUCGAUGAAUCCAAAUUAACAAUUUCAUCCUCAGAGUAUUUUACCGGGACAUUUAUAAUGUCUUCGGUCCAGCGUGCAUUUGCUCACAAAUUAAACAAACAACAUGCUGCUGAUGUGAGACGGCAGAUUGCUACUUCUACUUCCUAUUCACGUGAUUUGUCAAAAAGUGGCAGCAGUGUAUCAGGAUUUUCUUCCACGAUGUCCUUAUGUGAGGUGCUAGAACCACUUGAUUAUGAGGAAUUCUUAGCACAACACCAAUCUGUACUGGACCGUGAUCCCUUAAAACCAAUAUUAGAUUUUCCACCAGGAGAUGUUGAAUUGAGAGUUGUAAAAAGGAAAAUUCGAACAGAAGAGCCAGUAAUUCCACAUGAAUCACUAGACACUGUGUCACCUUAUGUAAAGAGAUGUAUUGAGAGUUUUACUUCAGACUGGAUGGUAAUACAUCGUAAAUACAAAGGAAGAAUCUCGCCAAUUGCUAGAGACAGAUUGCUUCAGGAUACACCUAAACAAGAUUUCGAGGUAGAUCAAGAAGAUACAAAUGGCUGUGGAUCACCAAACGAGGAAGACGAUUUAUCCAAUUGCGGAGACACUCCAAGAGGAUCUUGGGCAAGUCUGGAUUUGCGGCAUUCGCAGCAUGAUCCGCUUUUGCCGAGUUUAUUAGAUCGUGUCUGUCUCGAGACGAUUGAUCAGAUGAACGAACAAAAGAGAUUGGAGGAUCGACAGGAAGCUUUAUUUCCGCUUUAUGCCCCUCCGACAUCUUCUGACGACGAGUGGCAAGAAAUUAGUGUUGCUCCCGAACCUACAGAGCCUUUCGCUCACAAAAUUCUCGUAAAAUGUUUGCAAUUAAAGUUGGAACUGGAAGUAGAGCCAAUAUUUGCGAGCUUCGCAUUGUAUGAUGCUAGAGAAAAGAAAAAGUUUUACGAAUAUUUUUAUGUCGACAUGAAUUCCGAAGGAUUAAAAAGAAUGCUUGGAGGACACAUCGCUUAUAGUGAUGCGAGCACUUUAGCUAGAAGCUGCGUUCUGAGUAUUAACAAACCUAGUCCCGAUUUGUUUCUUGUCGUACGGUUGGAGAAAGUAUUGCAGGGUGAUAUUUCGGAGUGUGCUGAGCCUUAUUUACGCGAAGAUAAAAAUAAAGAUAAGGUCAGAGCUGCUGCUGCCGCUGCGUGCGAACGUUUAGGUCGCUACAGAAUGCCUCUCGCGUGGACUGCGAUUCAUUUAUCUGGUGUAAUUGGAGGCGGUGGCGAUGCAGAUAGCACUGGCAGUGCUGGUUCCUUAGACAGAAAGUCAGGCAGUUUGGAACAGUGGCGCAAGAAAGUGGAACCGCCAACGAGGCGAGGUUCCUUAGAAAGACGGAGUUCGGACAAAAGACGCAGUUGGUCUCCGGAUGAUUUUGCCAACUGUCUCGACAGCUUUAGGCCCAUUACGUUGACUGUCUCAAGCUUCUUUAAACAAGAAAGCGAACGACUCCGCGACGAAGAUCUCUAUAAACUUUUGGUCGAAUUGCGAAAACCUGGUUCUAAUUUGAAACGAUUAAAGUGCUUACCAGGAAUAUUGAAAUUGGAUCUCAGUCCUAGACCGGAGGAGCUACCUAGGUGUUUGGAUCCUGAUCUCAGAAGAUUAGUUCCGUAUCCGGAUGAGAAGAGUCGACCAGUUAAAGAGAUACUCGAGUUCCCAAGCGAAGUUAUUUCACCAGAUUUGACUUAUCGUAAUCUUCUAUAUCUUUAUCCCAAGGAAGCGAAUUUCAGUUCAAGGACUGGUUCAGCUCGUAAUAUCGCCGUAAGAAUUCAGCUUAUGGGAGGUGAACAAGAAGCCGAUGCACUUACAGCUAUCUUCGGCAGAUCAUCGUGUCCCGAAAUGACACAUGAGUACUUUACUUCUGUAUCAUAUCACAAUAAGAACCCCAACUUUUAUGAUGAAGUCAAGAUGAGAUUGCCCGCGGACUUAAGCGCUAAACAUCAUUUAUUGUUCACAUUUUAUCAUAUCAGUUGUCAAAAAAAAGCAGAACAACCGAACGUUGAAACAGCAGUUGCUUAUACGUGGCUACCGCUUUUAAGAGACGGUCAUCUUCAAUCAGGCGAAUUUAGCUUGCCUGCUAUGUUGGAUCCGCCGCCUGCAAAUUAUUCCUACAUCGCACCUGAUGUUCUUCUGCCAGGUACUCGAUGGGUGGACGCUCAUCGAGGAGUUUUUACUGUCAUAUUGGAGCCUGUUUCCAGCGUUCAUCCACAAGAUAAAUAUAUCGAUAGAUUUUUAUCGUUAUGUGGUUUUUUGGAAACCGGACAAGUUCCGCCUCGCAUAGGCGAAGCGGGCAUGGAAUCGGAAUUGAAAUCGGCCCUGCUCGAAUUAGCGCGUGCCUCGCAUUCUGCUUUGGUGCGAUCUCUUCCUCAAUUACUGGAUCAAUUGUUGUGUCUUCUCGUGCGACCACCAACCUUGCCUUCUCAGCCGUUGAACGUCGCCGCUACAAUUUUCGAGGCUCUAGGUUUACUCGUGCGAAAUAUCACUAAUCUACCGGACGGUCAACUGGAUGCACAUGGAAGACAUGCGCUUUUGGCUACGUACAUCGCGUAUCAAUGUUCUCUGCCAAGUAUGUCUAAUGGCGGAGGUGUCGCACGAGCGCAGAGUAAUCAUCUGCCUUUGGAAGAUUUGGAAAUGGAGAUUCAUUCGCGUGGAUUGGACAGAACCGCGUCGAUGCGACAGGAAUCCCCUUCGAUUAACAGUCAUCCUACCAGAAGACUUUUGCACGAGGAGCUCGCCUUACACUGGGUCGUGUCUACCGGUCAGGCACGCGAAUUGGCGAUAAUUCAUUCUUGGUUUUUCCUAGAGUUGAUAGUACGCUCGAUGGUCGUUACAAUGUCCGAGACGAGUACUUUGGAAGCUCCACGAAAACUGAGAUUCUCGCCACAGUUUUGCGACGAUGUUGCGACGCUCGCCGCUGCUUUGACAUCCGAGGUGACAUCACGUUGCGGCAAAGAAAUACGCGUGGCAUCUAAUUUAAUAUCAAGCCUUGGUAAUUUUUUGUCCGAUUUAUUGUCCGUGAUGGACAGGGGAUUUGUUCUGUCACUCAUUCGCGCCGCUUGUUGCUCAUUGUCGGAGCAAUCGAUGCACAUUUCCGAUUCAGCGGCGUUGUGCUUGAAACUCGAUCUCGUGAGAACCGUAUGCUCGCACGAACACUACGUGGCAUUGAAUCUUCCUUUCGGCACAGGCUACACUUCCGGUUCCGCUCCGGCGUCACCAAGCCCAUCGACCGGUAGUUCAGGCAGUCUGAUUUCCACCCUCGUGCCCGGGGAUAGAGUUAGAUUUUCGGAACUCAGUCAAGAAUUCAGACAGCAACACUUUUUGGUCGGCAUUAUUCUGUCUGAUUUCGCGAAUACCCUGGAAAUUCCAAAUCCAAUGCUGCAGAAUAAAGCUAUUGGGAGCAUACGGCAUCUUAUGAGUUGUCACGACGCUGAUUCGCGAUAUUCUGAUCCUGCAGCGAAAGCCAGAGUCGCUGCACUUUAUCUGCCUUUACUCAAUAUUUUAAUGGACGCUCUACCCCAACUUUAUCACUGGGAUUCCAAAGAUAAAAGUGUUUAUCCGGAUGAAUCCGGAUCCAUCACGCAGUCGGUAGCUUUGGCCAUUGCCGGUGGAGCAUCGGCAGACACUGCGGGAAAUCAAUGUCGCGUGUCCUUGAGCUCGGAGGCUACUCGACAUCUAUUAAUGUGUGUCUUAUGGGUACUCAAAGGAUUGGAGCGAACCGCGCUAGCGCAAUGGUGCUCCGAACUUAGUGCAAGACGUAUCUUGAGUUUAUUGCAAGUAUUGAAUAUUGCUACCGCCGCUUUUGAAUACAAAGGCAAAAAAGCGCUGAAAAGAUUGCCACCUCAAGCUGCGGUCACUAGCGACAUUAGAUCGCGGUUGGAAGACGUGAUCCUCGGUCAGGGAAGUGCCAGGAGUGAGAUGAUGUUGCGAAGGAAGGAAAGAAUAACUGGCGACAAGUUGAGAUGGCGCAAGGACCAAAUGCCUUACAGAUCAUGCGAACAGCCGGAAGGUAGAGCUGUAGAACAAGAUGCUCACAUAGAAGGGGCUUUAGCGGCUGAAGCUUCUCUUGUUGUAUUAGACACUUUAGAAUCUGUAGUUCAAGCUGACGGUGGUGGAGGAGCAGUUGUUGGAGCGGUGUUAAAAGUGCUGUUGAGAGCGUUGGCUAGAAAUCAAAGUACAUCAGUACUUCAGCACAUGUUUAAUACACAGCGAGCUCUAGUUUUCAAGUAUCAUAGCGCAUUGUUCGACGAGGAAAGCGAACGCUGCGGAGAUUUAUGCUUAACAUUGCUCACUCGAUGCAGCUCGCCGUUAAGCGCCGUCAGAAGUCACGCAGCUGCCAGUCUAUACUUGCUGAUGCGACAAAAUUUCGAAAUUGGGAAUAAUUUUGCACGGGUCAAGAUGCAAGUCACAACGUCUUUAUCCGCUCUCGUUGGAAGAGGAAGAGCUCCUAGCGAAGGAGCAUUACGUAGAGCAUUGAAAACAGUGCUGGUGUAUGCUGAAAGGGAUACGGAGCUUGCAGAUACGAGCUUCCCCGAACAAGUCAAGGAUCUACUAUUCAAUCUUCAUAUGAUUCUUUCCGAUACUGUUAAAAUGAAGGAGUUCCAAGAGGAUCCCGAAAUGCUGUUAGAUUUAAUGUAUAGAAUCGCCAAAGGCUAUCAAGGAUCACCCGAUCUUCGACUGACUUGGCUCGCAAACAUGGCGCAACAGCACAUGGAAAGAAAGAAUCACACGGAAGCAGCGAUGUGUUUGGUACAUAGUGCUGCUCUGGUAGCGGAAUAUCUUCAUCUAUUAGAACCUGGUGGCGGCGGUCGGCCUGUAGGAGCCGUCGCUUUGAAUGCUGUGACACCAAACGCCUGGAGGAAAGCGCCGUAGGCGAUGAUUGUUGGCUAGAGAGAAGAAGGACUUUGUUUAGGUCCUGACUUUUCAGAAAGCGGAUUGGCAGGAUUAUUGGAACACGCGGCUAGUUCUUUUCACGCAGCUGGAAUGUACGAAGCUAUACCUGAUGUCUACAGAGUGUUGCUUCCUAUAGCCGAAGCUGCACACGACUAUAAGAAGUUAGCUAACAUUCACGGCAAACUUCACGAGGCGUAUACGCGGGUGGAACAGUUGGCCGGCAAACGCGUCUUUGGGACGUAUUUUAGAGUUGGUUUUUACGGUGUCAGAUUCGGUGAUCUUGCCGGCGAAGAAUUUGUCUACAAAGAACCGACCUUGACAAAACUCCCAGAAAUAUUUUCACGACUCGAGAACUUUUACGCUGAGAGAUUUGGAGCGGACAAUAUAGUGAUAAUAAAGGAUUCGAAUCCUGUGGACCCUAGCAAAUUGGAAUCGGAUAAGGCUUACGUGCAGAUCACUUAUGUGGAACCGUAUUUUGAGGCGCACGAACUCAGACAUAGACCUACAGUUUUCCAUCGGAAUUUUAAUAUAAAACGAUUCGUUUAUGCGACACCCUUCACUCCUGGUGGCAAGGCGCAUGGUGAGCUGCGCGAACAAUGCAAACGAAAACAAUAUUAACGGUGGCAACACAUUUCCAUAUCUGAAACUAGAAUUCGAGUCGUAGCUCGGAAGCAGAUAGUUCUGAGUCCUAUUGAAGUAGCAAUCGAAGAUAUACAAAAAAAACUGCUGAAGGUGGCUGCAGCAACUGCUCAGGAACCACCCGACGCAAAAAUGUUGCAGAUGGUUCUUCAAGGUUGCAUUGGCACGACUGUCAAUCAAGGACCUGCCGAGGUAGCGGUCGUAUUUUUAUCUGGUUUACGCGAACAGAACGCGCAGCCGAGCAGAUUGCAACACAAGCUUCGUCUGUGCUUCAAAGAUUUCCAGAAAAAGUGUCUGGAUGCUUUACGACGUAAUAAGAAUCUAAUUGGUCCUGAUCAGCGGGAUUAUCAGCGAGAACUCGAGAGAAAUUACCAAAGAUUGACUGAACGAUUGGCACCUCUCAUCGCUUGGAGCGGACCAUCUUUAAUUAAUAAUAAUCAGCAAACUAUACCGGCAACCUCGCCGCGUUGGUAAUGAAACCCUGCCCAUAAAUUACCAAAGACAACUGUAUUCAACUAUUUAUCAUGUAUGAGAUUGUCAAUUUAUAUACGGCUGAUUCUACUUAUCAUAUUGUGAGAAAUAUUCGUUGAAUCCUUGCUUUAUAACAAAGUUAAAAUUAUUUAAAAUUAUUUUUUAAAUAAAUGUAACAGCUAGAA